GUACUACGUGUUCUAUCAUAAAAAAGGAGGUAUUGUCGCCAACUGUCGUAAAGCGUCGGUUUACGGGAUUUUUCGAUAUUUCCUUGGGGUUGUUUGUUGCUAGCUUUCAGGUUUGGUGUCUUCAUCAGUGACAUCAUGGCCUCUGCUCCAGCUCAGCAACCCACCCUGACCGCUGAACAGACCCGAUUGGUGUUGAGUGAGGUGAUCCAGGCCUUUUCAGUGCCAGAGAAUGCUGCACGAAUGGAGGAGGCUCGGGAAAGCGCCUGUAACGACAUGGGAAAGAUGCUGCAGCUCGUGCUUCCUGUGGCCACUCAGAUUCAGCAGGAAGUGAUCAAAGCAUAUGGAUUCAACAAUGAAGGAGAAGGCGUCCUUAAAUUUGCUCGACUGGUGAAAAUGUAUGAAACCCAGGACCCUGAAAUUGCAGCCAUGUCUGCAAAACUGAAGUCUCUCCUCCUGCCGCCGUUGUCAACACCCCCUAUAGGAGGCGCCAUUCCUGCUUCAUAGGAUUUAGUCUUGACCAGGUCUAAUUCAGGGGUGCUUUAUUUUUAUGCUUUGCAAUUCCUUAUGCCAUUAUGUAUUUAAGGUCCAAUUUUUGUAUGUAAUAUGUUUGAUACCACUAAUGUUUUUAAAAAAAGUAUUCAUUCAAUGCUUCUUGCAAACCCUUGAAAUAUUUCCUCACACAUUGUAUUUGUUACAUGUAACACUAUAUCCACUUUAUUCCACUGAAACAUUUACUUUAAUGCCAUCUUUUUUUUAAAUAACUUUAUAUGCUGUCAGAUGUUUUCAUUAUACUGUAGAAUUAAAUAUUCAGUUUUUCUGAUGUGUAUUUUAUGAAGUGUGGGAGAAAAAAAACUAUGGUAUAGAUACUUUAUUAUUUCUUCAAGUCUUUAAAUCACACUUACAUUUUAAAAACAUUUACAUUCAUACAUUUCAUUAGACAAUGUUUUCCAGGAUAAAAUCUUAUACAUCUGCUUCCUGUUUGAAUAAAUGAAGACAAUGCAGUGCAUAAUAAAACAGGAUAAAGUGA